AUGCUGGAAGCCCGGGAGCUGCACCACAGCCCGCUCACUCGCUGUGGGACAUGCCGGGGAAACCUGUUAAGCACAUUCCUGCCCUCGUUCUUACGAUUCCACGAAACAUCAACUCCUCCUCAGCCUGUACCUCCGCCAGGACAACCACACUCCAGCAGAGAGAGGCUGGAAGCUGCCCAGGCCCUGUCAGUAACCUGUACAAGGAGCGAAAAAAGAAAGAAAGAAAAAAGAAAAGCUGGAGGUUGCACAGUUCUCAUUGGCUGGUGUCAAGGAUGUUUUGGUUUCCGCAUCAGACCUGGAGGUAACCCGGCCUGGUCCGUGCUGUUGCUCCUUCCCGGCCCCUCGGUGGAGAUGGUCCACCGGACCACGCGGUGGGGGACCUGCGUUUGGCUCCAGACCCUGCUGGCGCUCGCCUCGGCCGGCUGUCCCUCUCUGGCGCCCAGCCCCGUCAACUUCUCCGUGGCGUACACCAUGCCCUUUUUCCAGGCCAAGGGACCCAUACAGAACAUCGUCAACAACUCCUUUUACCAAGAGGUGUACGUGGCCUCUCGGAAUGUCAUAGAGGCCGUCAACAGGAGUCUGGAGAAGGCCUGGGAGCUGCGCACUGGGCCCGUCGGGAGCCCGGAGUGUCAGAUAUGUGAUUUGUGCGACACGGACAAGGAUUACAAUUUUUUAGAGGACACAAACAACCAGGUCCUGGUGUUGGACACUCUCUUCAUGUAUUUAUACUCUUGCGGAAGCUCUCAGUACGGUGUGUGCUACUUCCACGAGCUGAACUCCAACGGAGAGCCGCCUUCCCUGUCCAAGUGCUUGUUCAGAAGAAGUUCCAACUCCGCCGCUUACUGUCCCGAUUGUGUGGCCAGCCCCCUCGGUACCAAAGUCUCCAUGGUGGAGGAAGGUCAGACCGUUUACUUCUUUGUUGCCGCCUCGGUCAACGAGAGCGUGACUCAGCGUUACGGACGGAAGUCGGUAUCGGUUCGCAGGCCGCUGGCCACCGAGGACGGCUUUUACCGGGACGUUCGAGGGCUGACCGUGCUGCCCAGCCUGUGGAACUCGUACCACAUCGAGUACGUCUACAGCUUCCAUACUCGGGAGUUCGUCUACUUCCUCUCCGUGCAGAGAGAGAGCCCGGAUCAAGACUCGUCGCCUUUUCAGACCCGCCUGGGCCGUCUCCCGCGGAGCGAGUGGGAGAUGAAGAGGUACCGGGAGCUGAUCCUGGAGUGUCGAUUCGAACCCAAACGAAGGAGGAGGAACCUACCGAGCGAGCCCUACAAGGACGUCGUGUACAACGUGGUCCAGGCCGCCUAUUUCGGCAAGGCAGGCCGGGAGCUGGCCGAGGAGCUGGGGGCCGAGGAGGAGGAUGACAUCCUGUACGGGGUGUUCGCCGUCACCAACGACAACGGGGUCACGGAGAACGACUCGGCCCUCUGCGCCUUCCCCAUGGACAACGUGAAUAAGGCGAUCGUGGACGGGGUGGACGAUUGCUGUGAGUCCGGACCAGAGCAGCUGUCCAGGGGGCUCUGCCAUUUCCAGCCCUGUGAAAGCUGCCCACAUGAGAGCAUGGAGAACAACGCCACCUGCAGAGACCAUCCCACAAUGGUGUCCAAGCCCUACUACAGAGUGGACCUCUUCAACCGGCAGAUGACAGACGUCCUGCUCACCUCCCUCCUGGUCACCACUAUCGAGAACAAGACCGUCGCCCACAUCGGCACCUCCACCGGACGCCUGCUUCAGCUUGUGCUGACAAGAUCAAGUCCUGUAAUCUUUGCCAAUUACUCACUGGUGGAGAAUCAGAGGGUGUCCUCCAUUGCUGCUGUGUACUCUUCAGAGUAUCUUCUUUUUGUGGUCGGAGACAAGAUGAUUCAGGUUCCUCAGAGAGGGCCGGGCUGUCAGCACUUCAUGACCUGUGCCAUGUGCCUGACCGCCCCAAAGUUCAUGGGCUGCGGCUGGUGCUCAGGAGUGUGCUCGUGGGAGAGCGAGUGCCAGAGUCGCUGGAGAAAUGAGUCCUGCUGGCCCGGCAUCACCGGGUUCUUUCCGCGGACCGCUCCCCCCGAUGGUCAGACGGAGCUGACGGUGUGCGGAUGGGAGUUCCAGUCGCCAUUAAAACCUGCCAUCACCUCUAAAACCCACCAGGUUCGACUGGGACAGACCGCAUGCAUUGUGAUUCCACUCAAAAGUAACAACACUCACUUAGUGUGUAAGAUUCGCUCUGGUACCACCGAUCUGUCCAAACCAGUAAGUGUCACGGUAGAAGUGCACGAGGGCAAGGUGGAGGGCCGCUACUCUAUCGAUGGGAAGGCAGAAAUGGCAGGGUUCACGUUUGUGAUUCCCAACAUCACCGAAAUUCAGCCCAACUAUGGCCCUCGUGUUGGGGGCACGCUUAUCACAGUGACUGGGCCUCAUUUGGAUGCUGGGAAGAGCAGACGAGUGACUCUUAAUGAUCUUCCCUGCCCUAUAAAAAGGGUCACUAAAUCCAUCGGCAAUGUUUCGUCUAUCAUCUGCCUGUCCCAGUCCAUCUCCGAGGUGAGGGACGUCCCGCUGAGCGUUUACAUCGACAAGUCUCCGGUCCGCACCACAAAGGUGUUCUACUACAGGGAAAAUCCAAAGAUCACGGCCGUGCUGCCCGACUGUGGUUUUGACAGAGGUUCAAAGAUUGUGAUAGAAGGCGAGAACCUGGAUUCUGUUUAUCGCACCAUCAUUCGCUUUAAUCCCAAUGAGAGCCACUUGAAACCGGCGACAAGGGAGUGCAUAGGCAAGUCCUUGCCAACGAGAAUGGAAUGCAUCACUCCUGUGUUCCAGAGGGACGAGACCGAGGAGGGAAAGCUUUCUUUUGACAUGGAUGGAGCUUUGGGCCUCUGGAACAAAGACUUCUCAUAUCACCCCUACGGGGAACCUAUUCCUUUUGAGACGGAGGGACACGUGUUAAGUUUAAAAUCCGGCUCGGAUGAAGUGUCACUGCACCAUCAAAAGCUGAACCUUGUGAGCUCCUGCAUGACCAUCGUUAUGACAGUGGCAGAUGUCGACUGCGAUGCUAAAGUCCUGGAUAAUGAAAUAACCUGCAGGAUCCCCAAAAACAUGACCAUUCCCAGUGAAGGACUGCCAGUGAAGAUCUCCAUCAAUGGGCAAGUCCACCACGUUGGCACAGUAGUGAGGGACAACAACCACUACAUGGUGGGAAUAGUUCUAGGGAUCCUGGCAGCUCUGGUGGCUGGAGCCGUGCUGGCCUUUGUGGCUAUGAAACAUUUGAGAAAGAAGAAGAAAGCCUCCCUGGUCGAGGCACGGCUGACCCACAGUGUUACGCGCUCCGGAUCAAAUGCCGUAGAGCUGUCGCCGAUAGGAGACUAUAGAAGAGUAGUUUCCAUGAGUCCACCUUCUCCCCUGAUGGGGCCGAUGAUGUAUCCCAGCCAGGCUUAUGCUGCCGGCAGCAUAGAUCCAACCCUCACGCCCCUCAUGCCAUCAGAGAAGAUCUCCAUCUCCAGCUUUAGACCGGAGCUGCUGGAGGAGGUGAAGGAUGUCCUCAUCCCUGCUGACAUGCUAAUAGUGCAGCACCAUCGGAUCAUAGGGAAGGGCCAUUUUGGAACUGUCUACCACAGCUACUUGACGGACUCCAACAACAGAGAAAUUCACUGUGCCGUCAAGUCUCUAAAUAGAAUUACAGAUGUCGAGGAGGUGGAGCAGUUUCUAAAGGAAGGCAUCAUAAUGAAGGGCUUUCACCACAGCAACGUGCUGUCUCUGCUGGGCAUCCUCCUGCCGCAGGAAGGGCUCCCUCUGGUGGUGCUGCCCUACAUGAAACACGGAGACCUGCGCCACUUCAUACGCUGCGAGAAGAGGAACCCCACUGUGAAGGAUCUCAUCGGCUUCGGGCUGCAGGUCGCAAAGGGGAUGGAGUAUUUGGCUCAGAAGAAGUUCGUGCACAGAGAUCUCGCCGCACGCAAUUGCAUGUUGGAUGAAUCAUACACCGUGAAAGUGGCCGACUUUGGCAUGGCUAGAGAUGUUUUUGAUAAGGAAUAUUACAGUAUUCAAGACCAAAGGAAAGCUAAACUGCCUGUCAAGUGGAUGGCCAUUGAAAGUCUACAAACACAGAAAUUCACCCCAAAAUCAGAUGUUUGGUCCUUUGGUGUACUAAUGUGGGAGAUGCUGACCAGAGGAGCAAGCCCCUACCCAGAGGUGGACCCAUACGACAUAACGCAUUACUUGAUGAAGGGUAGGAGGCUUCCCCAGCCACAGUACUGCCCUGACCCAUUGUAUCGCAUCAUGCUUCAGUGCUGGGACCCUGAUCCAGACCUGAGGCCCAGCUUUGCUACUCUGGUGUUGGCCGUCUCCACCAUCCUGACUGGCCUGGAAGGAGAACAUUACAUUAGUCUGAAUGUCACCUACGUCAACCUGGACCAACCGCGGCCCUACCCCGCUAUCACAGAGUCCGCCGACGAGUGCGACACGGCGGAUGAUGAAGACUCCGCCUCGGGCUCUUCCUGAUCUGUUUUCCGCUGAUCGCUCGACUUCAAAAACUGUUUUUUGGUGCCGAUAAGAGCACCAAAAAUAACACCAUGUCACACCGGUAUCAUUUACCUCAAAGAAUCGUAAACACCGAGUUACAACUGCUGUUAGAUGUACAUACUUACAAGUGGUAAACCAGUUAUGCAAGAUUAGACGAAAAACACAAAAUAUAGCAUUUUUAUUUAUUUGAAAAUAAUAUAAAUAGAUUUAUGUGGGAAAAAACAUGCUGACGUAUCAUCUGUGGAGCAUUUUGCAUGACUGUAAAUUAGCCUCUAAUGUUUGCUUGCAGAAUUAUACACUGCUCUUCAUACACAGUUCACCUAACUUUUAUAUCAUUGUAGUACUAAUUCCCAACAAAAACCUGUCUCAGGGCACUUUAGAGAUAGAGAGACAGAGAGGACUAUCAUUUUUCUUAAAGCUAGCACUUGGUGACACUGUGGAGAAGCUUAAAUCGGCCCUAUGGUUUGUUUGCUAGCUAUAUGUAUGUUGAUUGGGUGGAGAUUAUCUGAAGUAAGGUAAUAAGAAAGAACGUUAAUUUAAUUCCAGAUCAUUUUCUAAAAGUGAUCAUAAAACAUGUCACCAAACCGUGUUAAUUACCAAAGCAUGUCCCCAUUUGUGCUUCAUCUAGUAUAAAGGAAAUGUUAGUCCUUCCAGAUCAAGUCCAACGAGGAAAAUAUGCUCGUAUGUUACUUCCAACAGCACGUCUAAUGUGCUUUGCUGGUUGUGAAACCCAUGUCUGCUUUUGACUUGGAUAAAAUUGUGUUGAGCACAGUGCUCAGGAUCAUGGCCGACAUCACCCGCUUGCUUAUAUUUCUGACAAAAUGUCUUUGAAAUAGUAUAAUUAAAUAUUGUUUUGGUUUAUAGUUUUGCUCCCAUUACAUUGAUCCGUUCACACAUGUUUUUCAUCCUGCUAAAUCAAAUGUGUUCUUCACCGCAGUUCUCCUCUAGAGGUCAGCACUUCAUUAAAAUGCCUCUCUUCUGCUGGCUGCCUGCAGCAUUCAUCCAGCAGUCAUUACGCGUUGUGUGUUCUUUAUCUUAACAGUGGUAUUGCAACAUAACAGAUCCAAAUCUUGGGUCCUGUCUCUAUAAACUGGCUGUCGAGCCUUUACAGAUGCUACAUACUAUAUUAAAAAACAGUCAAGAGCACUAGUAAAUCAAAGCAGCCACGCUUUCCUCUCCAGCUUUUAUUUGUACUGCGUUCAGACGUUUGGCUGGAGCUCAUGACCGCCUCAUCAAUCGAAUGUGCUGAAUAAAAGCAGCGCUGACAAUCCAUCUGGCGGGCUCGCCAUUAAACCAAACAAAUAUAUGUUCCACAAACAGCAGCACCAUCCCGCUCUGAAAAAAACAAGCACUUUUUGCCGCCUCAACAAAACCAGAAAUGAAGCCAGAGGGACACAGACAUCAUAAAGUUUUUUUUUCUUUUAUGUACUGCCAAGUUCUAAAAUUCAGUCUCUGCGUGUUGCGGCCUUUGAUAUGUUGAAUAACCUCAGUUUGGAUAUUCAUAAUAAAAAA